AUGCUAUGGGUUGCUACAAGAGCUACCACCAAAGAGGAAUGGACAAGGAGAAUGAAUGAGAUUAAAUCAGUGAAUGAGGGUGCUUUCAAUUGGUUGUCUAAGAAAAGCCUGGAAGAAUGGACAAAGUCACAUUUUAGAGAGCGUGUCAAGUGUGAUAUGGUACUCAAUAAUUUAUGUGAGAGUUUCAAUUCAGCAAUAUUAAUGGCUAGAGAUAAGCCAAUUAUCACUCUUUUGGAAAAACUUAGGUUUUGGUUGAUGUGUAGAUUUUAUACAAAAAUGGAAACUAUAUCAAGGAUGGUGCACCCUGUUGGCAAGAGGAUCUUGCAAAUAAUCGAAAAAAACAAAAAAGUGGCAAGGAAUUGUUUCCCAAAAAGGUUUGAAAAAACUAAAUUUGAAGUGACAUUUAUGAGCAAUGAGACCUUCGUGGUGGACUUGGUUACAAAGGCUUGCACAUGUAGGGGCUUUCAGUUGACUGGCAUACCUUGUGGUCAUGCCUUAGCAUGCAUCUGGUUCAGUAAUGUACAACUUAUGGACUUUGUUGAUGAUUUCUACAAGAGGGUAGCACUUGAGGUUACAUAUGCUGGAGUGAUUGAACCCAUGCCAAGUCCUGACAAAUGGCCAAAUAUUGGGUUGAAUCCUGUAAUCCCUCCAGAACCUUCAAACAUGCCUGGGAGACCCAAAAAAUCAAGGAACAGAGAGGUAGAUGAACCACCACCUGGCUCUACCAAAUCAAUGAGAUUUGCACAGGUGAACAAAUGCAGCAACUGCAAGCAAACAGGUCAUACUUAUCGAACUUGUAAGAAUGCAAAAAUUAUAAAGCAUUUGCCUUGUAAGAAGCUUGGUCGUCCACCAAAGAAGAAUCCAAAGCAAGAAACUGUGAAAAUGAAGGAGAGGGCACAGAGACAGAAAGCAAGAGUAGAUGCCCAAAUGCAGUAG